AUUGCCUGUUCAAACUAUGUCCCAUGAACCGGUACUCUGCUCAAAAGCAGUUCUGGAAAGCAGCAAAGCCAGGAGCUAACAGCACAACAGAUGCCGUGCUACUCAAUAAACUGCACCAUGCGGCAGAUUUGGAAAAGAAACAGAAUGAAACUGAAAACAGAAAGCUGCUGGGAACAGUCAUCCAGUAUGGCAAUGUUAUCCAGCUGCUUCACUUAAAAAGUAACAAAUACUUAACAGUAAAUAAGAGGCUUCCAGCUCUACUAGAGAAGAAUGCUAUGAGGGUGACCUUGGAUGAAGCUGGAAAUGAAGGUUCCUGGUUCUACAUACAGCCCUUCUACAAACUGCGUUCCAUUGGAGACAGUGUUGUCAUCGGAGACAAAGUAGUCCUGAAUCCCGUCAACGCUGGCCAGCCUCUCCACGCCAGUAGUCAUCAGCUUGUCGAUAAUCCAGGAUGCAAUGAGGUCAACUCUGUGAAUUGCAAUACAAGCUGGAAAAUAGUCCUCUUCAUGAAAUGGAGUGAUAACAAAGAUGAUAUUCUGAAAGGGGGGGAUGUGGUGAGGCUGUUUCAUGCAGAACAGGAGAAGUUUCUGACUUGCGAUGAGCACAGGAAGAAGCAGCAUGUCUUCCUGAGAACGACAGGGAGGCAGUCGGCCACGUCUGCAACCAGUUCAAAAGCCCUGUGGGAAGUAGAGGUGGUGCAGCAUGAUCCUUGUCGUGGUGGCGCGGGGUACUGGAAUAGCCUUUUCAGGUUCAAACACCUUGCUACUGGACACUACCUAGCAGCAGAGGUAAACCCUGACUAUGAGGAAGAUGACCUGGAGUGUCAAUCCUCACUGGACCCUGAGCAGGAUGCCUCCAGAAGAGGCUUGCGCAGUGCUCAGGAGAAGAUGGCAUAUUCUCUGGUGUCUGUGCCUGAAGGAAAUGAUAUCUCUUCCAUAUUUGAGUUGGACCCUACCACCUUGCGAGGAGGAGACAGCCUUGUCCCCAGGAACUCUUAUGUCAGACUUAGACACCUUUGCACUAACACCUGGGUUCAUAGUACCAAUAUCCCUAUUGAUAAAGAAGAGGAGAAACCUGUGAUGCUUAAAAUUGGUACUUCUCCAGUGAAAGAGGACAAAGAAGCUUUUGCUAUAGUACCAGUUUCUCCUGCAGAGGUUCGGGACUUGGAUUUUGCAAAUGAUGCAAGUAAGGUUUUAGGUUCCAUUGCUGGCAAGUUGGAAAAGGGAACAAUAACCCAGAAUGAAAGAAGAUCUGUUACCAAAUUGUUGGAAGACUUGGUCUACUUUGUUACUGGUGGAACUAAUUCUGGACAAGACGUCCUGGAAGUAGUAUUUUCUAAACCUAACAGAGAACGGCAAAAACUGAUGAGAGAGCAGAAUAUUCUGAAGCAGAUUUUCAAGUUGUUGCAAGCACCAUUUACAGACAGUGGUGAUGGCCCAAUGUUGCGGUUGGAAGAGCUUGGAGACCAGCGUCAUGCUCCCUUCAGACACAUAUGCCGGCUUUGCUACAGAGUGCUGAGACACUCUCAGCAGGAUUACAGAAAGAAUCAGGAAUACAUUGCGAAGCAGUUUGGCUUCAUGCAGAAGCAAAUUGGCUAUGAUGUCUUGGCCGAGGACACUAUUACAGCAUUGCUUCAUAACAAUCGCAAACUCUUGGAGAAGCACAUCACAGCUGCCGAGAUUGACACCUUUGUUAGUCUCGUGAGGAAAAAUAGGGAGCCCAGGUUUUUGGAUUACCUCUCAGAUUUGUGCGUUUCCAUGAACAAGUCUAUUCCAGUGACACAGGAGUUGAUUUGUAAAGCCGUGCUGAAUCCAGCAAAUGCAGACAUUCUCAUUGAAACUAAGCUGGUCCUCUCUCGAUUUGAGUUUGAAGAAGUGUCAAGUGGAGAAAAUGCCUUGGAAGUUGGAGAAGAUGAGGAAGAAGUGUGGUUGUUCUGGAGAGACAGUAACAAGGAAAUCCGCAGUAAGAGUAUCAGAGAGUUGGCUCAGGAUGCUAAGGAAGGGCAGAAGGAAGAUCGGGACGUACUCAGCUACUACAGAUACCAACUAAACCUCUUUGCUAGAAUGUGCCUUGAUCGACAGUACUUAGCCAUAAAUGAAAUAUCUGGCCAGCUGGAUGUGGACCUCAUUCUCCGUUGCAUGUCUGAUGAAAACUUGCCAUAUGAUCUGAGAGCAUCUUUCUGCCGGCUAAUGCUUCAUAUGCACGUUGAUCGUGACCCCCAAGAACAAGUAACACCAGUGAAGUAUGCUCGUCUGUGGUCUGAAAUACCUUCUGAAAUUGCUAUUGACGACUAUGAUAGCAGUGGAACUUCCAAAGAUGAAAUUAAGGAGAGAUUUGCACAAACAAUGGAAUUUGUAGAGGAAUAUUUAAGAGAUGUGGUGUGUCAAAGGUUCCCUUUCUCUGAUAAAGAGAAAAAUAAGCUCACUUUUGAGGUUGUUAACUUAGCCAGAAAUCUGAUAUAUUUUGGUUUCUACAACUUCUGUGACCUCCUCAGACUAACCAAAAUCCUCCUUGCUAUAUUAGACUGUGUGCACAUCACUACCAUCUUCCCUAUUACCAAGAUGGCAAAAGGCGAGGAAAGUAAAGGGAGCAAUGUGAUGAGAUCAAUCCAUGGAGUCGGUGAGCUGAUGACCCAGGUGGUGCUCAGAGGCGGUGGGUUCUUGCCCAUGACUCCGCUUGCUGCUGCUCCUGAGGGUAACGUCAAGCAGAGUGAACCAGAGAAAGAGGACAUCCUGGUAAUGGACACAAAGCUGAAGAUCAUCGAAAUACUUCAGUUUAUUUUGAAUGUGAGAUUGGACUACAGAAUCUCCUGCCUACUUUGUAUAUUUAAACAUGAAUUUGAUGAAAGCAAUGCCCAGAUGUCUGAAUCACCCACUGGAAGCAGUAAUCAAGAAAUGCCAGCUAAUGUACCAGGAGCCCUGGACUUUGAACAUAUUGAAGAACAAGCUGAGGGGAUCUUUGGUGGAAGGAAAGAAAAUACACCACUGGAUUUGGACGAUCAUGGUGGCAGAACAUUUCUCAGAGUUUUGUUGCAUUUAACAAUGCAUGACUAUCCUCCUCUGGUGUCUGGAGCACUUCAGCUACUCUUCCGGCACUUUAGUCAGAGACAAGAAGUCCUUCAAGCUUUUAAACAGGUUCAACUGCUUGUUACCAGCCAAGAUGUUGACAACUACAAGCAGAUAAAACAAGAUUUGGACCAGCUGAGGUCUAUUGUGGAAAAAUCGGAGCUUUGGGUGUACAAAGGCCAGGGCCCUGAUGAGACUAUGGAUGGAGUGCAAGGUGAAAAUGAACACAAGAAAAAAGAGGAAGGUCACAGCAAGUCCCAAAAGCCUGAAAGUACUAGCAGCUACAACUACCGUGUAGUAAAAGAGAUCCUGCUACGUCUCAGCAAGCUCUGUGUUCAGGAAAGUGCCUCGGUCAGGAAAAGCCGUAAGCAGCAGCAGCGACUUCUGAGGAACAUGGGAGCUCACGUGGUUGUGCUGGAGCUGCUGCAGAUCCCUUACGAAAAGGCUGAAGACACGAGGAUGCAGGAGAUAAUGAAGCUUGCACAUGAGUUUUUACAGAACUUUUGUGCUGGGAACCAACAGAACCAGGCAUUGCUGCACAAGCACAUAAACCUGUUCCUUAACCCAGGGAUUCUGGAAGCAGUAACAAUGCAGCACAUUUUCAUGAACAACUUCCAGCUUUGCAGUGAGAUUAAUGAACGCGUUGUUCAACACUUUGUCCACUGUAUCGAAACACAUGGCAGAAACGUUCAGUACAUAAAGUUCCUGCAGACAAUUGUCAAGGCGGAAGGAAAAUUCAUUAAGAAAUGCCAAGAUAUGGUAAUGGCUGAGCUGGUGAAUGCGGGAGAAGAUGUCCUAGUGUUUUACAAUGACAGAGCCUCCUUCCAGACUUUGGUGCAAAUGAUGAGAUCAGAGAGAGAUCGGAUGGAUGAAAACAGCCCCCUGAUGUACCACAUCCACUUAGUAGAACUGCUUGCUGUGUGCACAGAAGGCAAAAAUGUCUAUACAGAAAUAAAAUGCAACUCCCUUCUUCCUUUGGAUGACAUUGUUAGGGUAGUAACCCACGAGGAUUGCAUACCUGAGGUCAAAAUUGCGUACAUCAACUUCUUGAAUCAUUGCUAUGUGGACACAGAAGUAGAAAUGAAAGAGAUUUACACCAGUAAUCAUAUGUGGAAGCUAUUUGAGAACUUCCUGGUUGACAUCUGUCGGGCUUGUAACAACACCAGCGACAGAAAGCAUGCUGACUCCAUAUUGGAGAAGUACGUUACAGAAAUAGUCAUGAGUAUAGUCACCACUUUCUUCAGUUCCCCAUUCUCUGAUCAGAGCACUACUUUGCAGACUCGCCAACCUGUGUUUGUACAGUUGCUACAAGGUGUGUUCAGAGUGUACCAUUGCAACUGGUUAAUGCCAGGCCAAAAGGCAUCAGUGGAAAGCUGCAUUCGGGUCCUCUCAGAUGUAGCAAAAAGCCGUGCAAUUGCAAUUCCUGUAGACUUGGACAGUCAGGUCAACAAUCUCUUCCUGAAAUCUCACAACAUUGUACAGAAGACUGCAAUGAACUGGCGAAUGACUGCAAGGAAUGCUGCCCGCAGAGAUUCAGUGCUUGCUGCCUCCAGGGAUUAUCGAAACAUAAUUGAAAGAUUACAGGACAUAGUAUCAGCUUUAGAGGAUCGCCUACGUCCUCUUGUCCAGGCAGAGUUAUCAGUACUGGUAGAUGUGCUUCACAGGCCUGAACUGCUCUUCCCAGAGAACACAGAUGCGAGGAGGAAAUGUGAAAGUGGAGGUUUCAUUUGCAAGUUAAUAAAGCAUACUAAACAGCUGCUAGAGGAGAAUGAGGAGAAACUAUGUAUUAAAGUACUACAGACGCUCAGGGAAAUGAUGACCAAAGAUAGAGGCUAUGGAGAAAAG